ACAAGAUGGCCGCGGACUGUCAACCGUGUUAAUUCUCACACACUUGUUAUUUUCUGAUGAUAUAAGCUAAUAUUUGAAAGUUCCGGGCAGAGAUGGGUUUAUCACAGAGUUCAGAAGUAUCCGAAGGAGGGACGUAUGGAUACCACGUACACGGCGUGCAGCCAAGUUCCCCUGCAGAAAAGGCCGGACUGCAGCCCUUCUUCGACUUCAUUCUGUCUUUGGACAACAAAAGACUGAAUGAGGAAAAUGACCUGCUGAAGGAGCUUCUGAAAGCCAACGUGGAGAGAGCCGUGAAGAUGGAGGUUUACAGCACAAAAACCACGAGGGUUCGGGAGCUGGAGGUGUUGCCCAGUAACAUGUGGGGAGGACAGGGCCUGCUGGGGGCCAGUGUACGCUUCUGUAGCUACCAAGGAGCAAAUGAGAACGUCUGGCACGUUCUGGAUGUGGAAGCCAGUUCACCUGCUGCACUGGCUGGACUUCAGCCACACAGUGACUACAUCGUUGGAGCAGAUCAAGUGUUGCAAGAUUCAGAAGACUUCUUCUCGCUGAUCGAGGCCCAUGAAGGGAAGCCCCUGAAGCUGCUGGUGUACAACACACAGACAGAUGUCUGCAGGGAGGUGGUGGUCACACCAAACGGAGCGUGGGGUGGAGAGGGCAGUUUGGGUUGCGGCAUUGGUUAUGGCUACUUGCACCGAAUCCCAGCAGCAAAUCCUGACACACCGACGGAAAAGCCUCCUACCCCUGUUCCUGAGGAGGAACCCCCUCUUAAGAUGCCUACCCAUGGAUUCAUGGAGGCGCCUUUGAUGGCACCUUCAAGCCAAAGUGAAGAUCUGUUAGACCUGGAGCAAGUCACCCUCCAGGAAGGUCCUCUACCUCCACCCCUCCAGAGAGUCAUGGACCCUGGUUUCUCAGACUCUGACGUGGCUGUGGUGAACCCUGACGUUGCAGAUUUGGUGGACAGACUGGAACUGUCCAUGUCGUCCAUCGACAUGACCAACACCGCACUGGCUAUGCACGAGGAGAAGGACGGAGACAUCUCUGGUGUUGAGGAGCUGGAGGACAGUUUGCUGCUUUCAUCGUCAGCAGACAACCAGACUGACCCACAAGAGCUGAGCUCCCAGGCAGCCAUGGACCUCACUUCUGCUCUGGCUUCAGAUGACACUUUGUCAGAUUCAGGCAUCCCACCGGCUGAACCAUCUCCCCCGGAGUCCACAGACCUACCCGCCUCUCUCUGCGAGUCUAGCAACAGCCCAAGUCCACCUUUGGGUGCAUUGUCUCUCCCCGUGGAGUCCCCCGAGCCUCCUGUGGAGUCCCCCAAGCCUCCUGUUGAGUCCCCCGUUCCAGUUGAAGACCCUCCCUGCCCAUCUCCUGUCGAUCUCCUCCAAUCCUCUGCUGUUAAUGAGUCAACAGCGGGUGAUUUUCCCGCUCAGGCCAUCAACGAUGAAACAGGGCGAGCGGAGGAGUCGGCAGAGCCUCUAGAUGUGGCUCCUGCUCACCACUGCAGCCACGAGAGUGAUGAGGAGGAUCCAGAACAGCCGCCUCUUGAGUAAGCGUGCAUCAGGCCACACACAAAGUGAAGCUGACAAUCACUGGGGCUUUUUAAAGAAACACUAUAUAGGAAAUACAGGACAGACCGAGGGAAAUGCUGAAUGAUUUUAUACUGAUAUCUAAAAUCAGGUUAGUUACACUACAGAAACCAGCUAAAGCAUUAGCAUAUAAGUAUAGAAACACUUCUGUAGGAACAUCCUUUUUGUUUUAUAUGUGAGAAUCUAAAGUUACUGCUCAUUUGUACGCCAAGGUUAUGUCAUCAACAUGAUCCCUUGCUUGGUGCAAAAUUAAGAGUAUACGGGUGACUUUGCCUCGGGUACACAAAUGUCAUGAAUACUUGAACACUUCCAAAGAUAAACACAUACAUUUACUACAGUAAAGCACAGCUGCACCUUCAUAUCAAAUAACACUUAAUGUUCCUGAACCUACCAGGUCAGAUGAGACAUUACAAUGUUGUGGUGCAUUUAUACAUCUGUUAUCCUUGUGUUUAAUAGAAGCUAAUAACGAUUUAAAAUGGCUCACUAAAUUAUAAGAGGGGAACUUUUACUGUAGUUCACGGCCUCAGUAUUGGAUUUCAACGUGUUUUUGAUGUGGUAUGAGGGAAAUUUUGUCCACUUGUACUGUGUGAAACCAGUCAGUGCAAGUUUUUACACCAGAUUUGAUGGUCAGUAUGUUUUAACACUGUAUUUUAUUUGAUUUAUUCGGCCAUGCAGUCUGUGAUCUGUUUGAACAGUUUUUACUGCUUGUAUCGUGUCCCCAUUACGGAAGCUUUGAAAUGCAAUUUUCUUCCCCCCCUCACGAUUAUUUUUUCACAGAUGAAAAACUGUUUUCUUUUUACUGAUUGUGAGGGAAAAAAACAAUUGCCUUUCAGGGCUUCCAUGCUACAUGUCUCCUUCAAUGCUAUUCUUACUUUGUAAUUUUUGUGAUCUAUGCAACAAUAGACAAGUACUGCCUGUAACUUGACAGAUAAAGUGUAAAUCCUUUCAUAUAUAGGAGUAUGUAAGAAGUCUGUAACAGUUGCUGUUGACUAUGUUUUGUGUUUUUCUAGGGAGCUUCUCAAUGUUUUUCACAGUCAAGUAGGUGCUAGUGUGUAAAAUAAGGAAAAGUAUUUUUGCAAAUAUUUUAUCAAUUAAUUGUAUGUUUUAUUAGGAAUGAGUGCAGAGUCUUUUGAUGAAUGUGAAAUGGGUGAAUCUUUGAUGGUUAAACAAUCAUAUCACUUGGCUUAAAAAAAGAAAAAGAAA